UUUAUCCAACUUUGGGAAAAAGCACUAGUAUUUGAUUUGUUAAUGUUGGAGCUGUUUGGAAAACAUGACGAAAUCCAACGCAAAAAGGAAGAUGAAAUUAUGGAAGACUUUAGCUUUGCAUUGGCAGCUGCUGCAUAUUUUAGAUAUGGAUCUACAUUUGUUCAUCAUUCUGUCCCAAAAUCACCCAACUUUUUAAUAGAUGUAUUACCGCAUUUGGAUGAAAACAGGUUUCGAAAAAUUGUGCGAGUCAGCAAAACCACAUUUGAUUUUAUCAUUGAUCUGAUAAAGGAUGACGAAGUUUUCAAUGGUCCACGUUCAUGUAAACAGUUCCCUAUCCAAAUUCAAUUGGCUGUAGUAAUGUACCGACUGAGUUCAUGUGGAGAAGGAGCAACAAUUACUAAAAUUGUUAGUUUGUUUGGUAUUAGCGAUGGUGGAGUAAUACAGGUAAUGACCAACAGAGUAUUUGAUGCAAUUAUUAAAAGGAAAACUCAGUUUCUGUUUUGGCCGGACCCUGUAGAGCGUAGAGCUUUAGUUGUUCAAACACUCAGUGAGCUACCACAUUGUGUUGGCUACGUAGAUGGAACGGAGAUAAAAUUGGCGGAAAAACCCACUGUAGAUUGUGAAACAUAUUUUUCCCGCAGGCAUAUAUAUUUACUUAAGGCUCAAUGUGUGUGUGACCACAAACUAGUAAUUCGUCAUAUGGUAUUGGGGUAUCCCGGUAGUGUUCACGACGCUAGGAUAUACAACAAUUGCGAGCUGUCCACAAACGCCACUGAAAUGCUAACAGGAUCAGAGUGGUUAGCAGCAGACAGUGCAUAUAAAUUAACUUCGAGCCUUAUUACUCCUUUUAGAAUAAACGCAACGGAAGGCACCUUGAAUCAACGAAUUCUGUUUAACAGAACGUUCAGCCAGUACCGAAUAAGAAUUGAGCCUUGCUUUGGUUUAUUGAAAGAACGUUUUAAUAGCUUGAAAGAACUCAAAAUUCAAAUAAAGAGUGAUAAUUCGGUAAAGUUUGCAUGCCGGUGGAUAUUAGUUUCUGCGAUAUUGCACAAUAUUAUAUUAAAAGAAAACGACGGUAGUUUUGAUGUUGACGAAGAAAGCAUUAGUGAAAACAGUGAAGCCGACGAGCCUGGGGAUCAAAACUUACCAACAGUUGAAGGUGCAUCUAAGCGCCAUUCAUUGUUAUCACUAAUGGAAACUUAAAAAUAAAGUAUUGAAACUCAUGUUUACAUAUCUUUAAAAUCCAUUAAUAUAUGCUUUUAUUUACAAGAAAAAUAAAAAGUGCUUCUGUGCCUAUUAAC